ACAAAACCUGUUCCGCCCGUUGGAGCAAUCAAUAAAUUCCGCAGUUUAAACAAUGUCGAAUCAAUUUCAGAAAGAUUUGAUCCAUCAAUAUAAAAUAACUUGUAAUAAGUUGAAAAAAAUACAAAGAGUUUUCUUCAAACACUUUGCCCCAAAUGUAUCGGAAGUGGCAGACGAGUUCGGGUCCCUGGCCACAAGCUUCAACAAUGCAUUUCAGACGGAGUACGCCGCGAUGUGCCAUAUGGGCCAAGCCAAGUGUGAGAAAUUGAUCGGCAACGAUGCCGCCGAAGUGGAUGCUCUAUUGAAGGCAGCUCGUGUCUUUCGGAAGGCCCACACUGAACAAACCAAGUUGAAAAUCGAAAAUCCCUCACCCGAUCAUUUGGAAGGAGCAUUUCGCUGCUACACACAGGCCCUGUCCAGGCUGCAGGAUGACUCGGUAAUAAAAGCAGCUAUCAUUCGAGAACUGAAAGAGAUCAACCCGAAUGUGGAAAUUACCAGCAACUUUAGUUCGCCAAGCCAUCGGAUUUGGGACUUGGAACAAUCUGCGGUGGGCAGCAUAAUGUCACGCGAUUAUGUGGCAGCGUUCGAAAAAUUGACAGAAAUAUACGACGAUGUCACGGAACGGCGAUGCGAGGACAUGUACCUGCAAGUAAUGAAGCAAGUAGAAGUGUCGCGUUUAUUGCUACUAUGUUUGCUCCAGCUUCCUCCUUCCACCCGAUAUGAUGGUAAAUUUAUUGAACGGUAUUCGUCAAUCGGAGAAAACAACCAAAGAAUCCUUAGCCCUAGAGCAAACACAAUUGUUUCCGAGGAUCUGUUCUUCAUGCUUCAAUCAGUAGUGGUGUCUUGUCAAGCUAAAGAUAUAGAUUCGCUUGUUGCCGUACGAGAUGAGUUGGUCUAUUGUCAUGAACUAACCGAAUCUCAACAGAUUUUGUUGGAUGAGCUUGUGUCAAAGUAUUCCACAUGAUAUUAAAUUUAGAUACAUUAUUUCUUAUAUCAUUAGUGAUCAAUGGAUGUAUACCUAUUUCCUAAAGUUUAUUUAUGUUAUAAAUGUUGAACACUA